CACACGGCUGCUGUCAAACACGCUUUAUGGUGCAGCCUGACAGCUUACAUUGUUGUUGUAAAUGUAAACAAACAUACUGUUAAAGGUUUCGCUACAAAUUUUACCUUAAAAAUGUCGGAAAGAAAAGUUUUAAACAAAUACUACCCACCGGACUUUGAUCCGUCGAAGAUCCCGCGGGUGAAGCUGCCGAAGAAUCGGCAGUACACGGUCCGCUUGAUGGCUCCGUUUAAUAUGCGUUGCGUUACCUGCGGCGAAUACAUUUACAAAGGGAAAAAGUUUAACGCCCGCAAGGAGGACGUGGAAAACGAAGACUACCUCGGCAUCCGGAUAUAUCGGUUCUACAUCAAGUGUACCCGCUGCCUGCAAGAAAUUUCCUUCAAGACAGAUCCACGCAACACAGACUACGAGAUUGAGGCGGGCGCAACGCGUAACUUUAUGGCACUGAAGCUGGCCGAAGAGCAGGCCCGCCGGGAGGAGGAGGAAGCGCGCGAAGAGGAGGCCACCAACCCGAUGAAGCUGCUCGAGAAUCGUACGCAACAGUCACGGAACGAGAUCGAGUUGCUGGAAUCGUUGGAAGAGUUGCGGGAUUUGAACCGCCGGCAGCAGGACAUCGACUAUGACAGUAUGUUGCAGCAGUAUGAUCGUUCCGAGAGUAUCCGUGAGCGGGAGGAACGGCAAGAACGACAGGACGAGGAGUUUAUCAAGUCCGUGAAAUUCCAAAGCAAAUCCGGGGUUAAGCGCGUAGCGACCGAAAUAAUCGUAGAAGAGGUGAAGGAAGAAGCCCCAGACACGUCCACCUCAUCGGCGAGCUGCUCAUCAUCCUCCAUUACCACUGCGACAUCGACGGCUAGCAAUACCAUCGCCGGUCCAACGUUUACAAGCAGCAAGGCCCGCAAGCUUGACAACAUAAGCAUCGGCGUGAAGAAGACAGCGCUGAACAAUUUGGUUGUCAAGAAGAAGGAAAUGCCACCACCGAAAGCGCCACCGCCAGCAUCCGCGUCGGCUGCCACUUCGACCGCCUCGUCACAAGGCACGAAAUCUGCAGCAAUGGCAAGCGUUGGCAUCGGAAGUUUGGGGUUGCUCGGUGCUUACUCCGACAGUGACGAAGGUUCGGAUGAGAAUUAAGCGAGGGUAGGGCAUGCGUCCGAAUAAAAUGAGAGUCGAACCAAUUCGAAGGUUUGCCAAGGUGAGGUAUUA